AUGAAUACUAGUGAAUUGAAUCCCGGAGCAGACAGACGUCUGCAAGCUCUUGGCGGGGGCGGCAGUCUUCAUACACUCGAAGCCGUGGUCACAUCUGAUGAUGUCUUUCCGCCUUUGAGGUUGGCUGUCGUCAAGGCCUUGGGUAUUGUUGAGAUCAUUAGGAAAUUCUACUCCAACAAGAGAGCCUGGAUUGCUUUUUCAGAUACCCUUAUCAGGAAGGUUGAGGAGAUCAUUCAGUAUACCUGUCAAUUUCGCAAGGAUCAGGUUCCAUCUGCUUUGCAGUCUUGGCUUGAGGAUUUGAAAGGAACUUUGGACCAUCUCAAAGAAAGCAUUUCAGAUAUUCACCAGCAGAGUUUAAAGAGAUUUCCCAGCUUUACACAAGAUCAAGAACAUAUUGAGGAGUUUGAGGAAAAAGUGAAUGACAUCAUGAGCUCUUUCCAUGUUCUUCUUUGGUAUGAGGAAAACUUCCAAAUUGACAGUACAACAACUGUUGAACAACUCAAGACCAUGGAGGCCAAUCAAGAUGAUACUGCAGCUCAAGUAACUGUCUUUGGUGGAGCACAAGAUAUUCAGAUGGAUCAUAGUGCAACUAUUGCUGGACAAGUUGUCCACUACAACAAUAUUGAGGAACUUCAUGAAAAAAUUAAGGCCAGGAUGGAGGAAUCUAAGGAAAAUAAAUGGUUGCAAGAGCUGAAGGCCCCAUUACAUAGCAAACCAUCAGAGAAAUGCAUGGCGGGAACUCGAGUGGCUGUGCUCACAGACAUUGAAGCAUGGGUGAAUGAUCUGAGUAUGCCAAACAUUCUCUGGCUUUCUGGCAGUCCUGGCUGUGGGAAGACAACCAUUGCUUCAACUGUUGUGGCUGGCUUUACAUAUGUCUCUGCGCAAUUCUUCUUCCACUAUGAUCAUGCUGAGCUUCGGAACCCAGAUAAUCUAUGGAGAUGCCUUGCUUUAGAUCUUGCUCAGGGAAACAUGACAUUGAAAACAUCUAUAGCCCAAGCACUAGCAGCACAGAAAGCUAACAUCAGAGGCCUUGAUAUUCCCAAGCAAUUUGAGCAUCUCAUUGUCAAGCCACUUCAGGAGGUGUGUCAAAGCUCUGUGAAGCCAUUUCUUGUUGUUGUUGAUGCUCUGGAUGAAUGUGAUUCAUAUGAGAAACUCUUACCUUCACUAAAAUCCUGGUCUCAACUCUCCAAGUCUCUAAAGCUUCUAGUUACAAGUCGUCACUAUCCUGAUAUUCAGAAUGCACUGGAACCUGUUAGUUAUCAUAUAAAUCUUCAUGCUGGAGGUGAAGUUUCUGAUUGGACUGCUAAUGAUCUUUGGAAAUACUUUACAACACGAUUUCUUGAUGAAACAAAGUUAGACACCUCAGCUCUAUAUCUGAAGUGGCCUGGUCUAGAAAAAAUUUCAUUUCUUGUACAAAAAGCUACUGGGCUAUUCAUUUGGGCUAAAUCUGCAAUGGACUUCAUUUUCUAUAAAGCUGGUGACAUUCAAGAGAGGCUGGAAGUUAUAUGUUCUAAUUCUGGAGAAGGGGCUGAUGCCAUUGAUUUCUUGUAUCAUCAUAUCACUUCAGCUGCUUUUCAGGGUCUAAGAGUAACAGAGAAAAAUUACUUGUCAUCUGUUUUGGGCUCAAUUGUCAUUGCAAGAAAUCCUCUUCGUUGCAGUGAUCUUGAACAGCUUCUGGGUAUUCAAGAUGCAUUGUCAAUGAUCAGUCGACUAAGUUCAGUCUUGUCUAUCAGUGAAACUGGCUAUGUGCAGAUCUGUCAUCAGUCAUUUACAGAUUUUUUGCUUGAUAUAAAGCGCUCAAAGGGUUUUUGGAUUGAUUCUCAGAAGCACAGUCUCUGUCUUGCUGGGUCUUGUAUGAAAUUUAUGAAUACAAAGCUCAAGUUCAACUUUUUUGAUCUAAAAACAUCACAUAUCUUAAAUAAAGAUAUUCCAAACCUAAGGGAUCACAUCAAGAAUGUGAAAUCCUCUGCUCUAGACCAUGCAAGCUACUUCUGGGCAAUCUAUCUGCAAAAGUCUUCUGAUGAGAUAUUAGAAAUGGAGACAAUGGUUCAGAUGGAGAUUUUUUUAAUGAACCAUCUUUUACAUUGGCUAGAAAUAAUGAGCCUAAUGGGUGCUGUAAAUCAUGCUGCUCAGUUACUGCUCUUGGCUGAAAAUUGGUGCAGAGUAUUGAAACCUAGUAUGUCAGAGUUUGCCAAAGAUGCACACCAAUUUACAGUGACAUUCUUUGAGCCAAUAUCUGAUGCAGUGCCACACAUUUACAUUUCAGCACUGCCAUUUGCACCACAGAGUUCUAAAAUAUCUCUGCAUUUCAUGAUAUAUUUUGCAAAGACUUUGAAAAUUCAAAUUGGUCAGAAAAUGUACUGGUCAGACAGCUGUUUUCUGAGAGUACCAGGUCAUGGUAAGGUAGAUCAUAUACGAGGCCAUGGUGAUGGGAUAAACUCAGUUGCAUUUUCUCCUAAUUGCAAACACAUUGUCUCUGGGUCUUAUGAUGCAACACUCAAAAUUUGGGAUGCUCUGACAGGUCUAAGUGUUGUGGGUCCACUUAGAGGUCAUGAUGAAGGGGUUACAUCAGUUGCAUUCUCUCCUGAUAGCAGGCACAUUGCUUCUGGGUCUCAGGAUUGUACAGUCAGAGUCUGGGAUGCUGUAACAGGUCAGAGUAUCAUGGAUCCCAUCAAAGGUCAUGGUUUUGGAGUGACAUCAGUUGCAUUUUCUCCUAAUGGUAGAUACAUUACCUCUGGAUCUUAUGAUGAGACAGUCAGAGUCUGGGAUGCAUGGACAGGGCAGAGUGUUAUGGAUCCUCUCGAAGGUCAUAGUGCUUGGGUUUCUUCAGUUGCAUAUUCUCCUGAUGGCAGAUUCAUCAUUUCUGGGUCUGGAGACAGGACAAUCAGAGGAUGGUAUGUUCUGACAGGUCAAAUGAUAAUGCAUCCUCUUAUAGGUCAUCAGUGCAAUGUUUUGUCUGUUGCCUUUUCUCCUGAUCAAAAGUACAUUGUGUCUGGAUCUUCAGAUAAAACUGUCAGAGUGUGGGAUUUCCAGACAGGUCAAAGUGUGAUGGAUUCUCUCACAGGGCAUAGUGAUUGUGUAUAUUCAGUUGCAUUCUCUCCUGAUGCAAGAUACAUUGUUUCUAGUUCUUUUGAUGAAACAAUUAGACUCUGGGAUGCUCUGACAGGUCAUAGUGUGGGAGAUUCAUUUAUCGGCCAUCAUGAUGCUGUUCUAUCAGUUGUAUUUUCACCUGAUGGUAGAUAUAUUGCUUCUGGAUCUGCAGACAAUACUAUUAGACUCUGGGAUGCUUGUACAGAUCUUAAUCCCUUAACUUCUUCAGUUGUGUUGCCAUCCACACUUUUGCUGUCUGAAGUUGGAUAUAACAUUGAAGAAACUAGUACCCAUCACUGUGUAUCUCACAAUUUCAAGAGUAAACUUAAUGUUUUCUAUCCUGGUGAUUGGCCUGGAAAUUGGAUGAUGGGAGAAGAUUCCAAGUCAUAUCUCUUCUGGGUACCACCCAGCAGUAGAUGUGGUCUAUUCUUUCCAAGGACAAUCAAUGUGCUGAAUACUACCCCAACCAUACUGGAUUUUAGUAACUUUGUCCAUGGUACAAAUUGGAGUCAAUGUCUUGACCCAAAGCACUCUGAGGCCUUUUGGGUUGAUACACAGAAGCACACAAUUCAUGCCAUGAGAAAUCUUGCAAAAACAUCUGGAAGCCUGGGAAAAUAUGAAGAAGCAGAGAAGCUGGAGCUUCAAGUGCUAGAUGCUGGAAAGGAAGUAUUUGAAACAGAACACCCACACAUGACUGGAGCUGUAACAAACCCUGCACCAAACAGCAGGCAACUUGUACUUGUAGCUAAAACUGCUUUGCAGCAUCUUCAACAAUGUGAAACUAAAAUCAAAGCUGCUUUGUCACACUCAGGGAUUUCUGAAAUGGACUACAUACUUCUUGCUGGAUUUAAUGAAUCUAUCAUCCACUCUGGUAUUGGAUAUCUAGAAGAAAUCCAUGUAAUCUUGAAGGGUGAAUUCCCCUUUAAUGGUGCCCUCUUGUCUUCUCUUGGUAGAAUUUUUUCACCAUUUCCUGGAAUGAUCUUCACAAGUUGCCCACCUUACUGCUUUAAAACACCAGUAUUUAAUAGUGAAGGAAAGGCCCAGGAAUGGGAUGAAGUUGUCUUUACACAAGCUCACACACAUACAACUCCUCAAAUGGGACAUUCAAUGAAGGAAAUUGAACUGAUGUCAGCCAAGAUUUACCCCAAUGAAGGGAAAGUUCUAGCUGGCUCUGGAAGUGGAGGUGGAGGUGAUGGAAAUGAAGAGAGGCAAGGGGAAAAUACACCUCAAGGCAGAGGGACUUAUAAUGAUCCUCAGAGAGGUGGUGAGAAAGAAUCUGAAGGAGAUGAUAAUGACUCUGAGGGGGAUGACCCAGAUAAUCCAAACUCAGGGGGUAGCUCUGGUGCUGACUUUCCUGAAAUUUCCUUCAACAUUCAAACUGAGAUUUAUCCCUAUGCUCCACCAGUGCCUGCUUCACAGCCUUCUUCAUCCAGACCUUCCAAGUUCUUCCAAUUACUACAGCUUGAAGGAAGCAUUACUGUUCAAACAAAACCUCCACAGCUGAAACCAAGGCAUCUAGCAAGCUCUUGUAUUCAGUUCAAAAAAAUUAAGCUCCAAGGCAAAUCAAAGGUGGAUUCUGAUUAUUACCACCUUGCUCACUUGAGGGCAAAAAUAAACACAAGAGAGAAAUUCACUACAUUUGAUAACAUCAAACCAGCCUCCACACGAGCAGUUGAUCCUGAGAGCAAAGUGCUUGAAGGGAAUAAACAAGCAUAUGCUGGUACUCUUGGGUCCACAUUUGGAAUGAGUAAUCUCAAGCCCUCUGGCUCAAUUUCAAUUUCUGGAACCAUAGCAAAGGAAUCAUCAUCAACAAAAGAACUUAAAGUCUAUAAUUCAAGGAUCAUACAGACAGAUUGUAAUGGAGCUAUCUAUUGGGAGUUUGUUGUUGAUGACCCCUACCAGCAACAGCAGGGAUUAGACCUGCAAGAAUUGGGUACCCUUCCAUCUGUGUCUUGUACAUUUAUGGGAAGUUCAGAUUAUGAGCCACCUCCCCCAGCACCUGACUUAUUUUGUGUUGAGGUCAUGUCCUGCUGGUCAUGGAUUCCAUUAAAAAGCAACUCCUCCCCUUUGUUGCCAUCUUGGCUAGUCCUUGGAAGUUCAAAAAUGAAUCCACCCACUCCUUAUUCAAAUCUCUGCCAGGUUAUGGAGCUGGAUUUACCCUCACAAUUACCAGAGAGUUCUUACUACAAAGCUGUUGCAAAGGCAACACCCUCCAGCUCAACAUUCUUUGAUGUUGAGCGUCCAUCUCGAUACAAGUUUAGUCCCCAUAUGAACUUCUUCCACUCACAAGAAGAUGCAACAUAG